AUGAAACGACAAAUAAUCAACUCUCCAACCACCAACCGCCACCUCCACCGUCGCCAGAAACCACCACUACCGCCCCCACCAACCCCACCAACAAUACACAACCCACAAUCUCACCACCAUCUCCACCACCACCCAAUUCACCACACCGCUAACACCACUACACCCACAGUACCAUCACCAACCAAAUUCAAACCUAUGAACCCAAAUUACCACGGUACCACCAGUCCACCACCAACCAGAUUUGAAGCCACCAACCCACAACACCUCAUAUGCACUAUUACAGAGGUCAACACACCAUUGCUCACCGGCGUGCCAUCACCUCGCCACCGCCACUACUAA